ACAAAAAUGGCACAUGGAAGCUGCCUGUCAGACGUGCAGUGAAACGUCCGGUGCGGGGCUCGAACCGAAAACGAAACUUAACCGUGUGGCCGACAUCAGUCUCCGGUGAAGCUUCAGUAACUCGACACGGUGUCACAGCCCCCCCGGUGUCUAACAUGGCGCUGCAAAUAUCAGCUCUACUUUCACAUGUCCGAGCCCUCCCCCGCUGCCCCGGCUCCCUGCCCCGUGUCCGUGCCGACUUCCAGAGAGCCGCGGCCAAGUUCAAACACACAGCGGCUCCAGGAAGCCCCCGGUCGGGAUGGAAGCCAGCAACAAGUCCUCCCCGCGGCCAUAUUAACGCUGCCCUCCGAGCAGAGAAGUUCUCCACAGCAGCAGCGGCCGCUCUUUGGAAGUCCAGUCUGGGCCACGGGGGGAGGAGAGGCUGGCUGGGUAAGGUCGCCCUCGGUGCGGCCGUUGGAGUGAGCACAGUCGCGCUGGUCCGGUCUCUCCACACCGGGACCCUGUCCGCCAUGCCCGUCAAAGUUAACCUGAACUCCGCGGAGGGAGACUGGAAGGAGACCAAGGAUGUCUUGCUGUCUCUGUCGGUGAAGGACCGGCGUAAGCACUACAGGACGUCUAACUUUGUGCCAUUGGACGACAUCCCAGUGUGGACCCCAACUGCAGGUGGUUCUGAGCCAAGCCGCUAUCAGAGGAAUGAGAAGUUUGACCAGAAGAUUUCCCUCUACAGCGGUGACAUCACCAAGCUGGAGAUUGAUGCUAUUGUUAAUGCAGCCAACAAGACUCUGCUCGGUGGAGGUGGAGUGGACGGAGCAGUCCACCGCGCUGCAGGGCCGCUGCUGAAAAAGGAGUGCGCUUCCCACUGUGGCUGCGAGACUGGAGAGGCCAAGAUCACCUGUGGCUACGGCCUGGCGGCAAAGUAUGUGAUCCACACUGUGGGGCCGAUUGCUCAAGGAGGAGUUGGAGAGGAGGAAAGGAAGGCUCUGAGGUCAUGCUACGAGAACAGCCUGAAAACAGCCACUGAAAAUGCUGCACGUUCUGUGGCCUUCCCCUGCAUCUCCACUGGAAUCUACGGAUAUCCACCUGAACAGGCUGUGCACGAGGCGUUAGCAACUGUGAGGGAGUACCUGGAUGCACAUCAUGACAAGCUGGACAGAGUCAUCUUCUGUGUGUUUUUGCCGACGGAUAAGGAGCUGUAUCUGAAGAACCUCCCGCUCUACUUCCCUGCUGCAUGACCAAUGGCAGCAGCUUAUUGUUCAGCUCCCAAGGAAGCCACUGUCAAGAGUAAACUCUGAGAGUGGAUUUGUCAGAUUUUGUUGCCUUGGAUACACACCGCUACGCUCCACAUCCAGAUUCCUCCUCCUCACCGUUGACGCAUAUCAAGACCUUCCUCAGCCGGAAGACAACUGCUAAAUGGUUGAUUCUUGAUUUUGAAGGUUAAUGUCACUCUGUGUCUACAUGCACAUCGGCCUCCCUGCAGAUUUUGAAAAAUUCCUCUGUUUCUUUCCACUAAAGUGUGAAAUGACGCUGAUAUAUCCUCAGCUGAACUCUUAACUUGACCCUUAUUCUCUGAAAUCAGUUGCUUUACAACCUGAGUUCUUUGCCCUGUGUGCUUUUUGAAAAUCUGGAUUUCACUGUGAGUGCAUCUGACAAAAGCUUAUUAAAAUGAAUUCCACAGGC